UGACAGGUUGAUUUUUAGUUCGUCAGAUAAAUUCGAGUGUCAUCAGAAUCGUAACAAUAAUUACUCCUAGGAACUGUGUAAUUUUAGUGAUUCGAUUUCUGGCUGAAAUUACCAAUUAAUUCUUCACCUCGUCGAAAGAAACGAGAUUUGAGAUCUGUUUGCAAACUUUUUUGCUUUUACUGGUCGUUUAAGGAUCAAGUUUAUUGGUUAACACGAUUAUAAUACGUACAAAUAUUGGGGGCUUACAAGUAAACGGAAUAGAAAGGAAAGAGAACAAGGAUAAUAUAUUAUUGCGCAAGCAGGUACAAGUUUCACCAGUGGAGUUUGCUUAUUUAUUCAACGCGUGUAAAAAAAUAACGAAUCCCUUAAAAUUCAACCCCUUGCGUUUGAUUUGUACUGGCUCCAUCUGUUCAGUAUAUUUUAAAGUUCAAAAUUCAUCCUUGUGCAGGGUCCAGGAGUAUCAAGUUCAGUGUGUAUGUUGUAACAGUUUUUAACCUCGAAGUAACUUGGAAAUUGUGUAUACGUUUAAUUGAAUACGACCUUUAGCUAAAUAUCAAUGAUAAUUUAUGGUGAAAUGUGUUUUCAAAGGCCCUGAGACCUCAGAGUGGUGCUGCGAAGUGUGAUUCUAACUGCUCCCGAUUAACGACUUCAAAUAUAACAAAAUCAACUAAAUUAAAACUAUAAGAACUUGAAUAAUUGUGGGAAUUAUUAAACUGACAUUAUUUCAUACCCAAUCACUCCACUUAAUUAAAAAGACAACAUCAAUAACGACAAACAUGACCAACAUACGCAGCAGAGUUCUUUACGUGGCGGAUGUGGUCAUGCGAGUACCUCCACUUUUUAUAAUAGAUGAGCUGCUUAGGGUUGGUCUUGGUUUACCAACUGAAAAUCUUGUCCUCAAUGAGACCGACAAUGGUUUUGUAAAUGUCCCUGACUCGCUUGUUGGGUCCCUUGUUGGAGUUACAACGGAGGCCAAUUUGCUUCAUCAGUAUGAAUCCAAUCAGCAAUUUUACCAAUUGUACUUAAUUACGGCGCUGAAAUUCAUCCUUUGCUGUUUGGGAUGCGCUGCAGCGCUUUGCACCUUUAUGCUUCAGACCAAGCAUCUCGUCCUUGUCUACUUGUACCUGAUAUCUGUUGGGGUAAUAUUUGUCUCUUAUUGGUCUAACGUCAGCACGGUAAAAGCGAUAAUUUCUUGCACCAGUGUAAACGGAACAACAACAAGCAUAUUGGAUGAUGUUUUGAACCUCGAUUUAAACAAAGUCUUAGACUUUGACGGCCCAGGGUUCUUGGUCAUACAAAAUUACAUGCUUCAAUGUACUCUAGCCCUGAUUUUCUGCUAUAUACAUUUGGCUCCAAGGUAUUCAAUCAUCCAAAAGUUGCUCGUAUUCAGCCUAAUGGCACCCUCCAUACUUGCAGCUCUUCCAUUACCGGUUCGGAUUUUGCACCAUGCCCCUGUCUUUGCCACUCUGCUUCCUUUGGCUGUCUCAAAAUUCGUUCUUUGGUACAACGCGGUCUCUAUGGGUCAAAUCAUCUACUCCGGUUAUCAGCAUGCCCGUACCUUCAUAAGUAGCUACGGGUUGUCGGCUCUUGUAGAGGCAGAAUGGACUCGAUUAAACGUCCCAAGGGUCUUGAGAACAUUUUGGACUCUCAGAGUCACUGAACAGAUUUUACAAAUCCUUGGAAAUCACUACGAGGACGAGAGCUUCAACUACUACAUAAUGAUCCGCACUCUCUUGAUUAAUGGGUGCGAAACACUCACUGCGGUUCUCGGAAUGACCAGCAUCAUAUCUUCCAUUUGUCACUACAUAGGGUGUUUCUUCCAAUGGAUUUUGCUCACGGAAGACAAAGAGGAUCUCAAGAGCAUCGGAACUACUUCUGCCAUCUUGUUUUAUACCCUCUGUCUUCAAACCGGACUGACUAGUCUCCAAAGAGAGAUGCGUCUGAAUAGGCUGUGCAGAAAUUUUUGUCUCCUAUUUACCGCUCUUUUACAUUUUGUUCACAAUAUUGUGAAUCCUCUACUAAUGUCACUCAGUGCUUCACGCAAUCCAGCACUUCACAGACAUUUGCGAGCUCUGUUAGUCUGCGCUUUUCUCAUCAUCUUUCCAAUUCAUUUGUUAUGCUUUUUGUGGUCGCACUUCCCGAUUAGCACAUGGCUUCUAGCUGUCACAGCAUUCAGUGUCGAAGUUAUAGUUAAAGUGUUAGUUUCUCUUGCAAUAUAUUCGCUGUUUCUUUACGACGCCUGCCGUCGUUCUUUCUGGGAACAGUUGGACGAUUAUGUUUACUACAUAAGAGUGUUCGGCAACACUGUAGAAUUUGCAUUUGGCUUAUUUUUGCUUUUCAACGGUUUAUGGAUUCUGAUAUUCGAGUCUGGCGGUGCUAUACGAGCUGUAAUGAUGUGCAUCCACGCAUACUUCAAUAUUUGGUGCGAAGCUAAAGCUGGAUGGAGCGUCUUUAUGAAACGAAGGACUGCCGUAAACAAAAUAAAUUCUUUGCCCGAAGCUAAAACUGAACAAUUGACAAACUUAGAUGAUGUUUGCGCUAUUUGUUACCAGGAAAUGAACAGCGCAAAGAUCACUAGGUGCAAUCAUUUCUUUCACGGCGUAUGUUUGAGGAAGUGGUUAUACGUUCAGGACCGAUGUCCUUUGUGCCAUGACAUUUUAUAUAGAGUCGACAGUCCGCACGACAGCACAGAUAACAUAUCUGCGAUAACUGACCAAGAGGGAAGAAAUCGUUGAGUGCAAAGAAAUAUAGGAUUCAAUAAAAACUUGUUUGUUGCCUCAACUGGUAAAUCGAUGAAAUUUCAGGGGUAAACACAUAGGGAUUGGAAAGGCGCAGGUUUGCAGUCCGAAUUACAGACAAUAUGUCGAAACAGUUGAACCGAGGAUAGUUUUGGAAAUGGCGGAGCUACAUUGUGAUGUAAUUAUAAAAAAUAAAUUAUAUUGUUAUAAACUACGGAAUUUAAUGUUCCAGGUAUUAAUUUUAUUAUUUAAUAUCUCCAUAUAGUAUACCUACAUUAAUUGAACAAGUUUUUUCUUCUCGCUUCUCAACACAUCAGACUAAUCAAAUCUUUUCAGAAUAUGAAAUAUUAUUAAUAACAAUAAUUUAGGACAAAGAAUUUCAACUAUGCAUAAUGCCAAUAAUAUAACAAUAAUGACAUACUGAAACAUAUUUAUUUGAUUCGUUAUCAAAGAUGCAUAAAAUAUAAAUAAUCUAUUUAUUCCCGAAUCAACCGUACAGACAACUUUUUUGACCUGAAAGGCGGGACUAAAGUUGAAUUUGAUUCCCUACUAUACUUUUCUCCUGCAUUUUACGAAGAAAAGUAAAUUUGCAGGACAAAAUGUAAAUUACCGGGACGAAAAGUGGUCUUCACAGUUGUGUCGGGAAUAAAGUCCCAUAUGCAACGCAGGAAUAAAGCUAAUCAUUCCCUGGGGCAGUGCAGUCGUCCGCGGGAAUAAACUGCAGCUUUAUUCCCUUGUUGCUUAUUGUACUAUUAAGGUAGUCAUUUGAUAUAUCAAUAAGGAGUAAAAUUGAUCGUCAAAUUCUAAAUUUCAUCUGCCCACGCCGCUCCCCGACACAAAUAAUCCCGAACCUUUCGUAUUUCUCACAAUCGGUUUUAUUCUUGACAUAAUUACCAGUGAAUUCCGUUAGUAAAUUUUCACUAUUGCUGUGAUCAGCUGUCCAUAAUCAUAAAUUAAAAUGUCUUUAUCGUCUAUACAGAUUUUAUAAUUAUUAUCAUAUACCUGUACUAGAAAAGCGAUGAGCAUAAAUUUUAAUCGAUAAACAACAUAACGAAAAAGUUUCAAUACGCUAAUGAAUAUAUCCAUGAGCUUGACACAGACGAUUUGUGUCUUUUGUACAUAAAUAUAUAUUAUAUAUAUUGUAUAGUGGUCUUAAUUUGAAUAAAUUGAUACCUGAUUAUUGAUAAUAAUAAAAAUCAUAAUAAUCGUAACGACACAAUCACAAUAACAAAAAGAUUCAUAGAGUCGUUUGACAAUUAAUUAAAAGACUUCUACGAUUAAUUUAUUUAUCAUUGUAAUAGUUAUCGACACAAAUAUGCCUAUUAUUAUUCUGAAUAAUAUUUUUUUCGACGAUAUUACCCUAUUUUACGUUGAUAUCAUGUAUGUACAUACAUAUACCCAAAAGAAAUAGCUAACCACACAAAUAUUUCUACAAUAAACUAUAUAUAUUUUAUGAUUUAUAGAAAUUUAUGAGAGGAUUUAUACUUCCCGAUUUACCGAUGAUAAUGAUAAUGAAUAUCAUUUGAAAUAAUACCAUAAACAUUUUCUUCUCGUUGUCAAAUUUUUUAUGUACAUUUCUUACUUAUUUUUUUUACUUAUUUCCGAAUUAUUUCUCCCAUUGCGAUGGUCGAAUGAACACCUAUUUUUCAAGAUAGGACGCGCAUGUUAUUGCAAUUCAUAGAUAAAAACCUAUGCAAUUUCAGCGCAUGAAUUAUUCACCGAGUUAAAUAGGAUGUGACGUAAUCGCUUCACAAACUGCGCAUUGAUCAUAUUUUUUGGCUAUAGACACGAUUUUACGCUCGCAAUUUGCGAUGGUCGGUUAGUCACUUAUACUUAUUGAAAUUACACGGAAAUUUAAAAGGACCGAAUAGACGGUCUCUCAUUCCUCGUGUCCAAUGGUAAGAGGUCCUGAAUACGCGAAAUAGCACGAGAGCUUUCAGAUUUUCAACGCACAAAAAAGCAUUCAUUUCUUCUCACCACUUUUCAGCGUAAUUCUUUUUUAAUCGCUCAAUUUGAAACGUUCCGUACACACCCAUGACAUUUUUUAUUCACGAAACGAAAAGAUACGCACGAUACGGUUUGUCAAUGCCAUAAUCGACGAUGAAUGAUUGAUUUCAAUUAAAACUUUGAACUUGGCGGCGGUGGUGCGCAUGCCAUGAUCACCCAUUCACCGCACUACCUAGGCUCGAACUUCAGUUUGGCGCGCACCUUCGUCGUAAGCGGUUGUGGCGAUUUGGAACGCACUUUCAGACGCGAAUGCGGAUAAUUCGAAAACAAACGCAAAGAUCCUUUCUUCAUCUGGAUUCGCGAGAGCAAUAACAUCAACAAUAACUUCUUCUCCGCAGCCUUCGAAGUGAACAACAAAUAUUG